ACAGCCGAGAAAUCAGAGUGAUACGAAUAACUGCAGCUCGUCAUCUUUCGCACCAAUUGUUAAACUUACUUAACAGGCUUCUGAUCCUUGCCAACUACAAUCUAUCAGUUUGUGAAUGCUUAUGCUUGUUAACGCUAAUCAAAUCGAAAUUAGUCAGCAGUUGGCUAAUAAUUCCAACCAUAAAGUGUACUCAGAAUACCUAAGUGGGUGCAGUCUGAUAAAAAAAAGCACAAUCCUGCACAAAAUCGCUAAUUUAAUUGCUAUUGACAUGGCUACUCUGCCCCAAGGCGCUUUCGCUGCAUGCAAAGUACGAGAGCAGCUCAAUGGACGUGACCGGGAAUCAAUGGUGUCGUGCAUAAAACCUUUCAUUAGUGAUAAGACUGCAGUUGAAAACCUAAAACAACGCGAAUACUCGCCGGACAAAUACAAUGGCAAGCUAAUGAACUCAAUUUGGGGUCUAUAUAACCGCUACUCUCCCCACAAUGUGAAGAAGAAUGAGUACGCCCCGCCCAAAUACUAAAUAAAUCGGGCCAACCCUCUCAAAAUGAGGUGCUGGCCGUUGCGGGUACUUAACUGUACCAAAUCUUGUACUAUAUACUUAUGUACGGUAUAUAUAUAAAUAAAAUUAUAUUCAUAUAUGUUU